UCUUUACAAGAAUAUUUAAAUGAUUAUCUUCUUCCUGCAACUCAGGAUAAUGCUUCAUUAGAUGAUAUUAAAAAGCAUUACAUGGCAAGAAAUUUAGCUAUAAAUCUUUUAAAGAAAAUUGGUACAACAUUUACAACAAAUACUUCAAAAUCAAGAAUUGAUAAUUGGCUUUAUACUUAUAAUAUUUGUAGUGCAGCUGGUGAAGCUAAACAAAUUGGUAUAAAAAAUUAUAUAUAUUAUGCACAGGCAUACUAUAUUGAAAAGGAGGCAUUUUUAUCUUUAUUACCUACACUUAUUGCAAAAUUAAAUAAAAAUGAUGCUAAAAAAUAUCCUUCAAGAGUUAAUAAAGCUUGCUCAGCUUCUAUUGAUAUAUUAAAAGAAAUUGUUGAUACUAAUUUUGGUUCUAGA